AACACCAUGUGGCGUAGUUGUUUUUAAUUUGAGGAUACAAAUAAACAUGAAGUAGUUUACAUUCUGCUUUAAAAUUUUAAAGCACGUGUUGAUUGAAAUGUUUUACACUGAAUCUUAUUAUUCCAAACACGGUGACUUCAACUAUUGGUCUACUUAGUCAUGAAGAAGUUUAAGAAACACGACCACCAGGUUAAGUGUUUGUGCUGACAAGUAAUACCGUUGGAAUUGGAAAUUAAGUAUCGAUAGUAAUUUAAUUUUAAGUGCUGUAUUUGUUAGUGUCUUAAAAUGUUUUCUAAGAAGAAAAAGAAGCCACUGAUUUCACCUCCAACUAAUUUCGAGCAUCGAGUACACACGGGUUUUGAUAAACGCGAAGGUCGAUAUGUAGGGCUUCCUUUACAAUGGGCGUCAAUAGUGGGAAACAACCAAAUACUAAAAUCAACAAACAGACCUUUGCCUUUAGUCGACCCUUCUGAAAUAACUCCAACAGAAAUAUUGGAUUUGAAAACAAUUGUUCGAGGAGAUCAAAGUAAAGCUGAAAAUAGGUUAAGUGCACAUCAACAGAAACCUCCAAACACUAAUGGAAUUGUACUCCCUAAAACAUCGAAUGUUGCCAGAUCUAAUUCCUUAAGAUCCUCCAGUCCUCCUAGACUAAGAAGAGAUUAUCGCAAUAAUGCAAAUGUACCACCAGCAGUGCCUGAAGAACAAAUUAUGCAAUAUCCCUCAUUAAGAAGAGAUCCUUGUAUUAGUAAACCACAGGUUCGGGAUAAUUCACCAGCAGAACGCUCUUUAAGUAACCAUGAGGUUCAUGGGACCCAUAUGAAUGGCAAUAUACAGGAACCUUAUGUAGGGUAUCCAGUGCGAGACCAAAUGCAAAUUUCUCCAGCUGGUUCUAUGGCAUCUGGACCAACAGCAGCUCAGCAUUUUCCUAAUCACACUCACUCAAAUCAUCCCAGUUCUACUGCUCAUGUUACUGUUCCUCACUCACAUGGAACAUACCCUGCAAGAGCUGAUCAAAAUCAAAAUAUUAAAAAUGGAGCUAGUGGAACUCCUGUACAACAUCCUGCUCCAUCGUCUGCUAGUUCUACUACUUCCAAUAAACAGCAUCAUGAACAGAUAUUAACACACGAACAGUUCAGGGCAGCACUUCAAAUGGUAGUAUCUCCAAAAGAUCCCAGGGAAACUUUGGAGCAAUUCAUGAAAAUUGGGGAAGGUUCCACAGGAACGGUUUGCAUUGCUAGAGAUCGUAAUACUGGACGCCAAGUAGCGGUAAAAAAGAUGGAUUUGCGUAAACAACAACGACGUGAAUUGCUUUUCAACGAAGUUGUUAUAAUGCGCGAUUACCACCAUCCAAAUAUCGUCGAGAUGUACGAUAGUUAUCUGGUAAACGAUGAAUUAUGGGUCGUCAUGGAAUUCCUAGAGGGUGGUGCCUUGACCGAUAUUGUGACGCAUUCCAGAAUGGACGAAGAACAGAUUGCUACAGUUUGCAAACAGUGUCUCAAAGCUCUUGCUUAUCUACAUUCGCAAGGAGUCAUUCACAGAGAUAUUAAAUCGGAUUCAAUUCUGUUAGCCCUUGACGGAAGAGUUAAAUUAUCAGAUUUUGGAUUCUGUGCUCAGGUGUCGCAAGAACUCCCGAAACGUAAAUCUCUUGUCGGAACACCUUACUGGAUGUCACCAGAGGUCAUCAGCAGGUUACCGUAUGGUCCCGAGGUUGAUAUUUGGUCUUUAGGUAUAAUGGUCAUCGAAAUGGUAGAUGGAGAGCCACCAUUCUUUAACGAACAACCUUUGUACGCCAUGAGAAGAAUACGUGAAAUGCCACCGCCUAAGUUCAAAAAUAGCCACAAGGUGUCGCCUCGUUUACAGAGAUUUCUGGAGCGGAUGUUGGUACGCGAUCCUGCUCAGAGAGCAACAGCUGCGGAACUCCUUAGUCAUCCAUUUUUGAGACAAGCAGGACCUCCAGCGCUUCUAGUCCCGCUUAUGAGGGGCACUGCUUCAAGACAUACGAACUAUUGAGGUAUUAUGAAUGACUGUUUCAAGAAAGUUGAUAUGUAAAUGUGGGAAUGAAUGUACAUAAAAUAUUUUCCUUAAGAUAAAGUUGCAAGUCUAAUUCGUAGAGGAAUACCAGAAAAUGAAACGAAGUUCUAUAGAACUGAAUUAAGUACACCAAUAAAACCCAAAAUUCAGCAUUAAUACAUUUUAAAAAACAUAAAACGCAUUAAACUCUAGAUGGAAAUAAGAAGUUUAGUGUUAUAUUUAUGAAAAAAGAAAAAAAUGCAUGUACAAAAACAAAACUUGUUGAUAUUUGUUGAUUCGAAAUAAUGAUUGUUGAUGAAGUUGGUUUGACUCUUAUACACUAAAACACAUAAAUAAAGUUGUCUUUCCUUGAUAUUGAUAAAAAACUAUAGUUUACUGAAAUUUUAUAUAGUAUUAUAAAAUGGUAGGAAAAACAGUUUGAUUUAUAUUGAACUGUUUGAAUCUCACUUUAUUUUUUAUAAUUGCGAUUAUUUGGUUACAAAAUGUUAAAUAAAAUAAUUAUGGCUGUAGAUAUGAAAAACGAAAGCAAUAUCGAAAUCAGUAAUUUAUUAGCUCGUGCAUUUAUUUUUCCUAGUAUGAAUCCAGGAGUUAACAUUUUAAUAAAGAAGCUGUUAAUAAAAUAUUAUUUGUUUAUAUUUUAUUAUUUUUAAGUACUUCCAAAACGCACCAUAAAUAGUCGUAAAUCUAUUCAUCCAUAGUAGAUAAAUUGUACUUAAACAGUAAAAAGUAAAUGUAAAAGUAGGAGACAGUGUUAGUUUUGCAUUUUUCUUGUAUUGUUUUAGUAACAUAACAUUUGCCUAACUCCGGGAUUCUUGACUAGAGGUAAUACAAUUUUUAACAUUCCAAUUCUUUUUUUAUUUUUAAAUAAAUAGCUAAAUUUUAAUUUAUUAUUGCGAUUUAAUAAUAAGUAGGAUCUAAAACUACGAUCUUCUCAAGUGCAAAAUGCUAUUUGCAUAAAUAAUUCAUUGUGAUUGGUUAUGUGCCUUUCCUUUACGAUAGACAUACCGUGCCUGAUGUUUAUUAUAAUUUAGUUUUACUUCUGAAUUUUCUCUUAUUUGGAAAUAUUAAGAAUUUA